UGCUUACUUGCUUGCUAACCAGGGGUAUAAAUUGUUAGCACGACACCUCCACCAUCAGUCACCUUCUGACUUACUUAGAUUUCAGUUUCAGUCCUGACUCAGGGAUCAAAAGUUAGAAUAAAAAUUUAAGGAGGACAGCAGCAACAAACAUGCGGCUGUGUUUGUUGUGGAUGGCCUCGCUGGCUAUCGUCCAUACAACUCUGGCUCAAGAAGACGAAGGAUAUGACUAUCCACGACCUAAAAAUCCUCUGAUACCAGGUGUACCAAGUGGGAACAAAUCUCCAUCUAAUGGUGGAGGUUAUCCAGGGUCAGGUCCUUCAAAGACAACUCCAGGAAGACCUCAAGGACCAGGUGAACCCAGCUCACCAGGUCAAGGACGACAGGAACCUGGUUAUCCAGGUUCUGGAAGACCAAGUGGACCCAGCUUUCCAGGACAGAGUCCGCAGGGACCAAGUGGAGGAUAUCCAGGACAAGGAAGACCAAGCGGUCCUGCACAGGGCCCUCAAGGGCCAAGUUUUCCAGGACAAAGUCCUCAAGGACCUGGUGAAGGAUAUCCAGGACCUGGAAGACCGAGCGGACCAAGUUUUCCUGGCCAAGGACCAAGUGGACCUAGCUUUCCAGGACAGAGUCCGCAGGGUCCUAGUGGUGGCUAUCCAGGACAAGGAAGACCAAGUGGUCCUAGUUUCCCUGGACAAAGUCCACAAGGACCCAGCUUUCCAGGACAAAGUCCGCAAGGACCUAGUGGUGGAUAUCCAGGACCUGGAAGACCAAGUGGUCCCAGUUUUCCUGGACAGAGCCCGCAAGGACCAAGUGGACCCAGUUACCCAGGACAGAGUCCUCAAGGACCUAGUGGAGGAGGAUAUCCAGGACAAGGAAGACCAAGUGGUCCUAGUUUCCCUGGACAAAGUCCACAAGGACCCAGCUUUCCUGGACAAAGCCCUCAAGGACCUAGUGGAGGAUAUCCAGGACCAGGAAGACCAAGUGGUCCAAGUUUUCCCGGACAGAGUCCGCAAGGACCAAGUGGCCCCAGUUUCCCAGGACAGAGUCCUCAGGGACCAAGUGGAGGAUAUCCAGGACCUGGAAGACCGAGUGGACCAAGCUUUCCAACACAAGGACCAAGUGGUCCCAGUUUUCCUGGACAGAGCCCUCAAGGACCAAGUAGACCCAGUUUCCCAGGUCAGAGUCCUCAAGGACCUAGUGAUGGAUAUCCAGGACCUGGAAGACCAAGUGGACCCAGCUUCCCUGGACAAAGUUCUCAAGGACCAAAUGGACCAAGCUUCCCUGGACAGAGCCCUCAGGGACCUAGUGGAGGAGGAUAUCCCGGACAAGGAAGACCUAGUGGACCCAGUUUUCCAGGACAGAGCCCUCAGGGACCUAGUGAUGGAUACCCAGGUCCUGGAAGGCCAAGUGGACCUAGCUUUCCACCUCAAGGACCAAGCGGUCCUAGUUUUCCAGGGCAGGGUCCUCAGAGACCUAGCGGACCCAGUUUUCCGGGACAGAGCCCUCAAGGACCUAGUGGAGGAUAUCCAGGACCUGGAAGACCUACUGGACCAAGUUUUCCUGGACAGAGUCCUCAAGGACCAAGUGGACCAAGCUUUCCUGGACAGAGCCCUCAAGGACCGAGUGGAGGAUAUCCAGGACCUGGUAGACCUAGUGGACCUAGUUCCCCAGGGCAAAGUCCGCAGGGACCAAGUGGUGGAUAUCCAGGCCCUGGAAGACCAACAGGACCUGGAUUUCCAGGACAAAGUCCGCAAUCACCAAGUAGACCAAGUUUUCCAGGACAAACUCCUCAGGGUCCUACUGGAGGAGGAUAUCCAGAACCUGGAAGACCUGGACAGAGUCCAUCAGGACCGAGUUUUCCAGGUCAAGGACCGCAGGGACCAAGUGGUAAUGGCUAUCCAGGAUCUUCAAGACCAGGUGGUCAACGACCAUCAUCUCCUGGAUCGAGUGGCUCAGACACGUUUGAAGGAUAUCCUAAAGAAAGACCAUCAGUACCUUUUCCAUCUUCACCAGGAACAGGUGACAAACCAAGCGGAGGAUAUCCUUCUUCACCUGGUACUACUAAACAGCCAGGUUAUCCUGGAAAUGGAAGGCCUUCUACUUCAUUUCCAAGUGGAGAACGGCCCGGUUCUGGUUUUCCAAGUACUGGAACUGGAUCUCAAGGUUAUCCUGGACAAUCUGGUAGACCUGGUCAAUCUGAUCAGUCUGGAGGAUACCCGUCAAGUGGAACUAAAACGCCAGGAUCAGGCUAUCCAAGUAGUCGACCCUCGACUCCAUUUCCCAGUGUUGAUAGACCAGGAACAAGUGGUUCUGGAUCUCAAGGUUAUCCUAGCCAACCUGGAAGACCUAGUCAACCUGGAGGAUAUCCAUCAGGUGGUACUGGAUCACAAGGAUCAGGAUACCCAAGUGGACGACCAUCAACUUCGUUUCCAGGUGAAGAUAGACCAGGCUCAGGAGGAUUUCCAUCAACACCUUCUGGUGGUUCAACUGACGGAAGUGGAGGCCCAGGUUAUCCUGGUAAACCUGGGCAACGACCUGGUCAAUCUGGAGGAUAUCCAAGUGGCGGAAGUGGAACUAAGACUCCAUUCCCAGGUGGAGAAAGACCCGGAUCUGGAGGAUAUCCAGGAUCUGGACCCAGCAGUCAACCUGGCGGACAAUAUCCAAGUGGAGGACCCGGAUCAGGAGGAUAUCCUGGACCUGGACCAAGCUCUCAACCUGGUGGACAAUUUCCAGGAGGAGAGAGACCAGGAUCCGGAGGAUAUCCAGGUUCUGGACCAAGCAGUCAACCAGGCGGACAAUUUCCAGGAGGAGAAAGACCUGGAUCAGGUGGAUAUCCUGGAUCGAGUGGUCAACCUGGUGGACAAUUUCCAGGUUCUGACAGACCUGGAUCAGGAUCAAGUGGUCAACCAGGUGGACAAUUUCCAGGGGGAGGUCCUGGUGGCAGUUUUCCUGGCGGUUCAUCAGGUGGACAUGGUGACGAUGGAACAUACAAUGAAGGAGAUUACUCAGCAAUACCUGGUGAACCUGGUCAGGAUUAUCCUAUUUAUGCUGAUAUUCCUCAAACUAGUUUCAGCUGUGAUUCCCAACAAUUCCCCGGAUAUUACGCUGAUGUUGAUACUCAAUGUCAAGUCUUCCAUAUAUGCCACAACAAUCAAACGUACGACUUCCUCUGUCCUAAUGGAACUAUCUUUAAUCAAGAAUACUUUGUUUGCGUGUGGUGGAAUCAAUUCGAUUGCAAUUCAGCUCCAGGCUUGUAUUACUUGAAUGAAAAUCUUUACGAUUAUACAAUAAUGGGACCCCAAGGACCAAUGGGACCACUUGGUCCUCAAGGCCCAGGUGGACAAGGACCGAGAGGACCUGAUUUUCCUGGACAAGGUCCUCAAGGACCAAAUGGACCAGCAUCACCCGGACAAGGACCAAGUGGAACAUAUCCGGGUUCAGGAAGACCAGGACAAGGUCCUCAAGGUCCUAGUGGACCCAGUUUUCCAGGUCAAGGUCCGCAAGGACCAAGCGGACCUAGUUUCCCAGGACAAGGCCCUCAAGGCCCUAGUGGAUAUCCAGGACAAGGAAGACCAAGUGGACCUGGUUUUCCAGGACAGAGUCCUCAAGGACCAAGUGGACCAAGUUUCCCAGGACAAAGUCCUCAAGGACCUAGUGGAUAUCCAGGACAAGGAAGGCCCUCAGGACCUAGUUUUCCAGGUCAAAGUCCGCAGGGACCAAGUGGACCUAGUUUCCCAGGACAAGGUCCACAAGGACCAAGUGGACCCAGUUUCCCAGGACAGAGUCCGCAAGGUCCUCAAAGACCAAGCGGUCCUGGUUAUCUCACACCUCUUCCAGGACAAAGUCCUCAGGGACCCGGUAGUUAUCCUGGACAAAGACCACAAAGUCCAAGUAGUCCUGGACAACGACCAAGUUACCCUGGACAGGGUCCACAAGGACCAGAUUCUCCUUUCCCACCUGAGGGACCAGCAAAACCAGAUCGUGAAUAUUUACCGCCACUCGCUGGCUAAUUAUUAUUGGCCAUUUUUAACAAAUACUAAAUUCAAUCACAUCUCGACCUCAUCUAACUUCAAUUAUUUCAUUCUGGACAACAAAAUUUUCAUGAUACUUUUAUCAUGCGCGGAUAUUUUAUUCUUUAGAAGAUAUUCCUGACUCGAGGAAAUCGAUAAAAUUCUACAAUUGUAGUGGAAAUUAUUUUUUUUUUUUUUUUUGCGAAUCCCCACCAUCGUUGGUGCCGGAUGUGUAAAUACGAGCCUCUCCUACCAAGUAAGUUAAGUGUUAAGCAACUCAAAUGUCGUUCAUUGACGAUAUCAGUUAGAUAAAUAUAAUUGUUUUCUAUUUACAUAAGACAAUUCGUCCGAAUUUGAAGCUAUCAGUAUUUUUUAGUUUUCUUUCAUUUUGAACCCUUUAACAAAUUACAAUUUUGUUUCAAAUGUAAAAUUUUUUUUUUUUUUAUGAAAAGUUGAAAAUUUAUUUAUUCACUUAUUGAAUAUUUAAUGAAGUUACCAUUAAUGAAUAAUAGGCACCAAUUAAUUUUCAAAUGUUUAGAAAAUGAAAAGUCAUUUUUCGACUAUCUACAAAAGCAUCGUGCCUAAAUUCUGCUAAGUGCGUUAUUUAUAAUAUUAACAUUUUUCCUAUAUCUUAGUUGAAUUACAGAAGAAUUUGUCAAGUGUCAUAGAUUAAUUCCAUAAAUAAGAAACUUGGAAACUUAAAAAGAUUUCAUGUUAUUAUUAGAGAACAGAAUUUUUAUUUUAGAUUCAUUUUAUUAUUUUAUAUGAUACGAAUUGUGAAAAUUGAAUCAAUUAUUAUUGAACCAAGUAUUUCACUAUAAUUGUCAAAUAAAUUUUACAUAAUAUGUAAAAUUCAUUUGAAAUGAUGCUCAUUUUAAGAAAGAGUUUCGAUGUAAAUUCUACAAAAUUAAAAAAAUUGAGUAAAAAAAAAAACAAACUUUUCGUUGUGUUUUGAGCGGUUUUUUUUUUGCGCCUCGCUCAAUAAUAUUAGCAGAUUUUUCUAUAAUAAAAUGACAGUAAUCAUAAUCUAUCUAUUUUUUUUAUAACAAUGGUUUGUGACUCCUUCGUGGGAUGCCAUUAUGUAUAUUUUAUACGCGAAAUAAAGGAAACACCUUUGCAAAUAA